AUGGCUCCCGUUACUCCUAGAACCCCUAGAUCUAAUGCUAGAAAUAGCCUUACCCAGGUUGCAGUUGGUCGUGUUGAGCAGCAUCUUGUUGUACCUGCUGUUACCCAAGAACAGCGCAUGGAAGAAAUGUCAACUCGCCUUGAUAACAUGAGCGCCAUGCUUGGAUCCCUGGACAACAGAUUUGGUCAAUUCAUUGACGUCCAAAGAAGAAACACCGAGACAGUUGGUGCGAUUGCCAUGUCUUUGGCAUCUACCAGUAGACAAGUUCUCCCAGCAGUUGCCCCAUCUGCUGCCCCAUAUUUUGACCGAAUUUCUGAAGAAGAGACAAAAGUUGCAGUUUUGGCCUUGAUCAGAGAGAAGAUCUGGAAAAAGGACUUCAGAUCUAAUGAUCCUACUGAGAUUGUCGAGAAUGAAGCAAGACGAAGAUGGAACGUAGAUGAGCGGGUUGACCAUCCCGAUAAUGUUGCUGUUGUUGCGUACUUGCGGGAGUAUAUCCAGCCCCAACCCCAAGCUGUCAGCUUUUGGCCUGGCAUGGUAGUAUCGAUGGUAAAAAGUAACUAUAGGUACUGCCAUCGUAAAGCACAUACAUUGCCUGAGCAGCGCGUGGACAACAACCGCAGGGCAAGAAUCGCCAGCCGGAUGAAAGAGAUCCAUCCUCGCCGCCAGGAUAUCUACACUAGGUACUGGAGGGUGGUAGACAAGGAGAUGGGUCUCACGGUUGAAGAAGAUUCCGAGAUGGCUUUUUUUGGUGCUAUCCAAAAAGGGGCUAUGUCGGACGGCGAGUCUGACACAGAGGAACUUUUCCCUGGGUUCCCAGUGCGUAUGUUGAAAGUUGCCCGUCCCAGCUGGAGAAGCGAUGAAUUCAACAAGUUUCUGGGCUUGAUUGAUGAAAGCAUGCAAUCCGAUUAUAAAGCAAAAGGGAAUGCGAAGCCAAGAAUGCCCAGGUUUUUGAGAGAAGAAAUAUAUGUUGCUAUACCACGUUGGCUGAUUUCGUCACUGCCUCCAUGGGCGAUUAAACAAUAA